UUGAACGUGCAAGUACGACGCGAACAAAGUGGUACUGCGAUAAUUCCGUCUUUGUCUCGCGUCACGUCUCACCUGAACAAUGAAAGUGCGCAACAUAGGGUGAGUGGGAGAGGCAAGAAAGAGAAGAGGGAGAAAGAAAGAGAGAGGGAGAGAGAGGGAGAGUGAGAAAAAAGAACGAGCAGCGAAGGUGGGAGGGAAAUCGCCCGUCUUGCGAGCCGUCAUGGCUGAAUCAUUGUGAGAAUACUCGUAGGAAAACCGAUAACAAAUGACGUUGCAUCUGACUCAUUAGGCGGCGAGUGUCGCGGUAUCCGUCUCUCGGGAUAAGGUUACAAGACACCUCUGACUCGGCUCAGUUGCGAUUCAGGGGUUACGAGAAGAAAAGAAAGGGAGAGAAAGAAAAGAACAAACGAGAGCGAUCGCUGACAAUAUAGUUCGAUGCCGAGACUCGACGAGGUGAAGAAGACGGUGAUACAGACGGUGUUUAGUGCGUGCGCGGCCGUGUGAAGCCGCUGUACGUACGUCCCCGAUUGUGCCGCACAAUGAACGGGUUAAGCUUGAGUGAACUGUGUUGCCUGUUCUGCUGUCCGCCCUGCCCGUCCAGGAUCGCCGACAAACUGGCCUUCCUGCCGCCUGAGCCCACAUACACGUUCGUCGAAGACGAGGGCUCUAAGUUCACCAUCUCGCUGUCGGAGCGCGCCGAGUGGCAGUAUACCGAGCGCGAGAAGGAGUCAGUGGAGGGCUUUUACGCGAGGACUUCGCGCGGCAAUCGUAUAGCAUGCCUGUUCGUGCGCUGCUCAGCAACUGCGCGCUUCACCAUCCUUUUUUCCCAUGGCAAUGCUGUCGAUCUUGGUCAGAUGUCGAGUUUCUACCUUGGUCUGGGCUCACGCAUCAACUGCAACAUAUUCAGCUACGACUAUUCUGGCUAUGGUGUGUCAGGCGGCAAGCCGUCCGAAAAGAACCUGUACGCGGAUAUCGAUGCCGCGUGGCACGCGCUACGUACACGCUACGGCAUCAGCCCAGAGAACAUAAUACUGUAUGGUCAGAGCAUCGGCACUGUGCCCACGGUCGAUCUCGCUGCACGCUACGAGGUUGGCGCGGUUGUGCUGCAUUCGCCACUCAUGUCUGGAAUGCGAGUCGCCUUUCCAAAGACCAAAAGGACUUGGUUCUUCGACGCCUUUACCAGCAUAGAUAAAGUACCGAAGGUAACAUCUCCUGUAUUGGUGAUUCAUGGCACUGAAGACGAAGUGAUAAAUUUUAGCCAUGGUCUAGCAAUUUACGAAAGAUGUCCACGAGCAGUAGAACCACUAUGGGUCGAGGGUGCUGGCCAUAAUGAUGUAGAGUUAUACAAUCAAUACCUUGAACGACUGAAGCAAUUUGUAAGCGUGGAAUUGGUAAACUGACGGCGACUCAGCCUCUCCCAGAGCCAGGGGGGGCAAGGAGGGGGCCACAUGCAUGCGAGCAGUCAGGGACGUACUAUUUCCAACAAUUCUAAUACCAUCAGCUCAAUUUCGACUAGCUCUCCGACGGAGAAGCUUGUCUAGCAAUCGCCUCCCACAGGGGAGAAGACGCCCGUCCUUCCCUGUGAUGAAGAAUCAUCUUUUGCCUCCGUAGACGAUGUAUUCUUCUUUUGCGAGCAGCAGCAACAGCA